AUGGAUCUUUUAAAGGAUGCAGCUAAGAAUUUGAAUCUUUACGAAGUUAAAGCUUAUGUUCGUAAGGCUCAAAAUGUUGCUAUGAACUUGACUGAAAUGGAAUCAAAAGUACGUGAAGCCACCAAUAAUGAACCAUGGGGAGCACCAAGUACGUUGAUGGCACAAAUUGCCAGUGGAACUUAUAAUUAUCGAGAACGUGAAGAAAUUGUUGCCUUUAUUUUCCGUAGAUUUACUGAAAAGGCUGCCAAUGAAUGGAGACAAAUUUAUAAAUCGUUACAAUUAUUGGAUUAUUUAAUCAAAAAUGGAUCAGAAAGGAUUAUUGAUGAUGUGAGAGCAAAUAUUUCUUUGAUUCAAAUGUUGAAAUCUUUCCAUUAUAUUGAUUCAAAGGGAAGAGAUCAAGGAAUAAAUGUCAGAAACAAAUCCAAGAAUUUGAUUGCAUUUUUAAAUGAUGAUAAUUUGAUCAGAUCAGAACGUAAAAAGGCAAGAGCUAAUGCAAAGAAAUUUGGUGGUGUUUCAUCAGCUGCUUAUGGUGGUGCAUCUUCCAUGGGAACUGGAUUUGGAAGUGGUGGAUCAACUUUUACUGGUGAUGAUGAAGAUUUUGCCAAUAGAGUCUAUGGAGAUGGUGGUGUAUAUGGUGAACGAUUUGAUGAUCCAGCUUCGGCUUAUAACAAUGGUGCCACUGGUAAUGACAAUUUUGAAGAAUAUGAUGUACAAGCCUCUUCAUCUCAAGCAACAUCAAAACCUACAACCAGCUCUUCUAGAAUCAAUGCAAAAGCAUCUAAAAAAGAACCACAAAACGAUUUAUUAGGAGAUUUGCUUUCGUUUGACGGAGAUGGACAACAAACAAGUACAAACACAGCAACUGCUUCAAGAGGAACAGGAGCAAAUGAUGAUGACGAUGAUGAUGAUUUUGAUGACUUUCAAGCAGCACCAUCUCAACCUCAAAAGCCAGCCAAUUUAUCUAAUAAUUUGAAUAACUUGUACAACCCCUCAUCACAACAACAAAACCAAGCAGUUUCUGGUCCAAAUUAUAAUGUAAACUAUCAAGCAUCUCAAUCAACUGGUCCAGCAAAAACAACUAGCAAUAAUGAUGCCUUUUCAUCAUUGUUUUCCUCGGCCAAGACAAAAUCCAAGACAUCUACAGGGAAUACGAGUACAUCAUCCUCUACCACAACUCCAGCAGCAGCAGCAGCAUCUGUAAAUGCUUCAAAUCCUACAAGUAGUGCUAAUGAUGAUUUCUUUGGUGGAUUUAGCAGUAACAACAACAGUAGCAGUAAUAAUACUAAAACUAAACCAGCUACCAAUGGAAAUGGGACAAACAAUACUAAUAGUGGUGACAUUGAUUUAUUAAGCUUCUAG